CUGAUAGACGGCACUGACUGGCAUCACUGCUGGGCACUGACUGGCGGCACUGAGUGGCACAACCCCUGGGCACUGACUGGUGGCACUGACUGGCAGCACUGGUGGGUGGCACUGGUGGGUGGCACUGGUGGGUGCACUGCUGGGCACAGGUGGGUGCACUGCUGGGCACAGGUGGGCGGAGCUUGUGGGUGGUACUGCUGGGCACCGAUCAUCAGGGCACUGAUCAUCAGUGCCCUGAUGAUCGGUGCCGAUCCCCGCUCUGACAACUGCCAGUUCUCGGCAGUACUUUCCUCACGAUCUGACAGCGUGAGGAAAGUGCAGCCGAGAACCGGCACUUGC